UACCCCGGCUCCCCCUCUGCAGCCCCGGGAUGGGGGUGUUGGGGUCCUGCAGAAGGCGGGGGCAGGAGGGGGGGGCAUUUCGGGGGGGGGGGCAGGGGCCCCAGGCUGCCCACGCGGGGCCCCGUGCCACGGUUUGGGGUGGCACGAGGCUGUUAAUGAUUAACCAGCGGUGCCGGGCGGUGGUGGCGGUGACUGGUGGCACUGGUGGUGGCGGUGACUGGUGGCACUGGUGGUGGCACUGGUGGUGGCAGCGGUGCCGGUGGGCGGCGGCCAAGGGACAUCGCGGGGGGUCCCGGGGCCGUGUCCCCCCCCAUGAGACGGGCAGGUAACGUUGGUGGCGGGGGUCGGGGGCCGGACGCUGCCCUGCAGGGGCUGGCACGGGGACAGGAGGGGACACGGAGCGUCUGGGAGUGACCCAGCGGCUGCUGGACUCGCGGGGUCGUGGGGGGGACCCUCCCCCUCUCCUGCCCUGAGGGGGCCCAGAGGGGUCCCUGCUCCUGGGUGCUGGGAGCACCAGUGGGUGCUUUCCAUCCCAGUCCAGACUGGGGGGGACUGGGACGGCGGUUCAUGCCCCAGAGGUGACACCCCCGGACACGGUUGUGUCCCCGUGGGAGCGACGGGGACCGCGGGGGAAGCUGAGACGCGGAGGAGGGGCCGGGGACACCGGGACCGGGGGGUUCCCUCCCGUCCCCCUCAUCCCGGGGCUUCUCCUCCAGCGGGACCCAACCCGGAGCUGCGGGAGCGAAGCCGGAUGCACCCGGGGCACCCCCGUCACCCCAAAACCGCCGGGAGCCGCUGGCCGAGCCCCCCCGCCCCGCCGGGACACCGGGACCGCCCGCCGCCGCCAGCCCGUGCCAGGUGUGUCACCUUCGAGGACGAGGUGGUGCCACCGCGGGGACCCCCGGGGAGGGCCCGUCCUGCCGGGGAGCAGGAGAAGCGGGGGGACAGGUCUGUCGCCCCCCGACUGUCACCCCGACCGCGCGCCGUCCCCGACUACGUGGUGAGGUACCCGGCGAUCCUGAGCCCCCGGCAGCGGGAGGGCUACAAGGGCGUCUUCCAGGACCAGCUGGCGGAAUACGUGGAUCUGCACCGGGAGCUCCGCGCCACACGUCACCCCCCGGGCGGGACGGAUUCAGCCUGGCUGGAGAAGCAGCGGCGCUGUGAGUACCUGAGGAAGAAGCUGACGCACCUCAAGGCGCGGAUCCAGGAGUACAAUCGUGUCACCCACCCCAGCGCCGGUGGCUCCUGAGCCUGUGCCCGGGCCUGGGCACCCCCCAACGCCCGAGGCACCCCAGGGGAUGGGGAGGGGGUGGCGAUGCCGCGGGGAUCACCCAGUAACCACCAGGGAUCACCCGGUACCCACCGACCCAUCGCACCCACGUGGGAAAGGGGAGGAAACCCCCCGGCUCCUCACUCGGGAGGUCCUCGUGGAGCCUCGUGGCCCCGGGACCCCCGAGCGCUGGGUGGGUCCUGCCUGUCCCCAGGCCCCGGCUGUGCCCCCACCUCAUCCCUGGGAAUCGGGGGGCUCCUCACCCCCCUCCCCAGGCAGGGGGUGCAGCUGCUGAAGUGGCUUUAAUUCAGUAACAGGGUUUAAGAAA